CUAGCACAGAACACUGUACUAGUGCUUUUGACAGUUAUGUGGUUAUGUGUGGUCGUGUGGUAUUGUCAUGGUAUUGUGCGUCUCUGUGACCAUUCGUAUGCGUGACACCCUGGUACCUCAACCAUAUAUGCCUCAGCGCCGUCUUCCGUCUCCAACAGCUUACAUAAACUUUGUGUCACGUUAAAAGCGACACAUCGGCUCAUCAAGCGACAAUGAACGAGCCCCGCUACACGUGCCAACUAUGCAAAUACAGCUGCAAUAGUCCUGAAGCCGAGCGAAAUCAUUUGGAAACAAAGAAACAUUUUGUAGAAUUUCUAAAAUACUACCUUUGGGAGCACGAGGACUUUCUUGUGGCAGACAAAAGAAAAGUGAAGAUAUCAUGCCAAGAAAUUGUAGACUGUAUACCAGCAAUCGCCUUUCGGCUGAUGCCAAACCAGGAAUUAAAGUUGACAUUGCAUGUAAGCCUGGCUGAGGAUUCUCCAUCCAGGGUGUUUCUGCAGGUUUGCACAUUUCUUCACCAGACCAAAGUGUUUGUGCUUGAAGAUGAGGCUGGUGUAUGCACAGGACAUGCUCAGGUGCCCAUUGAAGCCGGCACAGCAUACAGCAUUGUCCUGCAGUGCCUUGCACAGCAACAAGGGAGAGUUCGGAUACCGUUGGCAUUCAAAUUUCAGGAGGACAAUCCCAAUAAAAGGCUGUUCACUAUAGUCAGAUACAUUGAUGCUACCAUCUGGGAAGAUGGAGGAGAUAACCUGGAGCCAGUGGAGCCCUACACGUUUGUUGUUCCAUUGCCCCAGUUGCCUGACUCAGACCGCAUCAUUCCUGGGAAGCGUCCUAAGAGUAAUAAUAUUCAGGAGCUGGAGCGAAAAAAGCCACUUGCUCAGUAUAUUCUUGAUGAGCAGCUUGUGGAGUUCCAGAAGCAUGAACUUCAGGAGUGGGACGGCAUGGAUGACGACAUGUUGAAACUACUCAUCUUUAUCAAAAAACAUUUAGAUGACCCGAUUUCUGCAGACACGUAUUGGGGCCGCUUCUCUACUCUUUUAUACUUGGAGGAAAUCCAGAUGCAAACUGACAUCCGAAAGUAUGACAUGCUUGGCGCCCAACUCAAUCCUUGUGCAACGCAGACCGAUAUGUACGUUUUGGAGGUUCCAGGCUUAGUAGAAGGCCGCCCAUCUGUAUUGAAAGGAGACAACAUCUUUGUGCGUAUUUCAAGUGAACAGUGUGAACCAUCGAGUCAAGUGAUGGAAGUGUUGGAGUAUGAAGGCUUCGUUUUUGAGUCAAGAAAAGGUUCCCUCCUUAUCAGUUUUUGUGAACGAUUUGAAAGGAUGUACGUGAGAGGAAUGAAAUUUGAUGUACGAUUCACUUACAACCGACUGCCUUUGCGACUGAUGCACCGUGCAAUAGGCAUGCUUGAAAAAGUUGACUUAUGGAGCUUUGUUCUUCCAAAGUGCACCUUUGCAUCACAGCCCAGCCUAAAGAUUGGCCGACUUCAGCUCUUCAACCAGAAAAUAGCAUCCAACCCAGAGCAGUUUACAGCUGUGAAGAACAUUCUUCUUGGCCUGCACCGACCUUAUCCGUACCUCUUGUUUGGCCCUCCAGGCACGGGAAAAACUGUGACUCUUGUAGAAGCACUAAAGCAGGUCUGCACCCUGAUUCCAUCAAGUCACGUUCUUGUUGUGGCACCUUCAAAUAGUGCUUGUGAUGUCCUUGCCGAGCGGCUCAUAGACCACAUGUCAUCUACAGAAGUCUUCCGCAUGUAUUCAGCAUCUGUGCACCCAACUAAUAUGUCCAAGAAAUUGGUGAAAGUCUCAAACUACAACCAUGCUGAGAAGGUGUUCAUCUAUCCAUGCUCUGAACAGCUAAUGAGAUACAAAGUUAUUGUGGCGACAUUGGCAUGCACUGGCAAGCUGGUGACAGCUGACUUUGCAUUGAACCAUUUCACGCACAUCUUCGUGGAUGAGGCAGGGCAAUCUCUGGAGCCCGAGUGCCUGAUCCCUGUCGUUGGGCUCAUGUCACCCUGGGACCCGAAAAAGAGGGGUCCAGGUGGCCAUUUCAUCCUGGCUGGGGACCCCAAGCAACUGGGACCUGUCAUCCGGAGCCGGCUAGCACAGCAUUAUGACCUUGAUAUUUCUCUUCUGGAGCGCCUUAUGGACUGUGGGCCAUAUCAACGCAUGGAGAAUGGCUACUACAACCCACAGAUGCUAACCAAGCUGCUCAAAAACUUCAGAAGUCAUGAAGACAUCAUUGAAGUCCCAAACAAGUUGUUUUAUGAGAAUGAAUUGCAGGUGUACGGGGAUGAGGUGAUCACACACAGCAUGGUCAACUGGGAGGAGCUGCCUCGUAAAGGCUGCCCACUCAUCUUCCACAGUGUAUUGGGUCGAGAUCUUAGGGAAUCUUCGUGCCCAUCAUACUUCAAUCCUGAGGAAAUUAAGGUGGUCGUCAACUACGUGGUCUCUCUGCUGCAAGGGAAAAGUGGCCUUGGUGUCCAGAUAAAAGGAAAGGACAUUGGCAUCGUGUCCCCCUACCGAAAGCAGGUCUUAAAAAUCAGAUCUGUGUUGGAAAAACGUGGAAUUGAUGGAGUAACUGUGGGCUCUACUGAAGAAUUCCAAGGCCAAGAAAGGCUAGUCAUGAUCAUCUCAACAGUUCGGAGUGAUAGCAAUCUUCUGCAGAAUGAUUUUAGGCACCGCCUAGGUUUUCUGAAGAAUCGCAAGAGAUUCAAUGUAGCUGUCACGAGAGCAAAAGCUCUGCUGAUCAUUGUUGGCAACCCAUACACUCUGAGGUCUGAUCACUGCUGGAAAAGACUCAUCGAGCUGUGUCGCAAGAAGGGGGCCAUGAAAGGUGUGGAAUACAAUGAUGGUGAUGAGCACAUCCUUGACCUUGAGAACCGCUUUGCAAAAGCAGGAAUCGGAGAGUGCCUGUCACCAGAAGAUCAACUUAUCUUCCAAGGGAAAAUUCCAAUUACACAAAAGACUUUGCAAGAAGAGCCACAAUGGAGGGAGGAGCUGUGAUCAGAGUUUUCACCAAGCACAAGUGGUCUCGGUAGAUUUUACUAUUUGAAAACAGCCUUUGAAUAUUUUUUAAUGGUGUCGCUUCCAACUUCUGCAAAACAGGCCAACAUUCUUGGUCCUGGGUUGUUCGUGUUUAUCCUUUAUCCAUUUAUAACAUUUUAUUGCAUUAAAUAUUAGUAAAACAUA